AACAUGGCUGCGACACGAGCUCUCCUUCUGGUGGCGAUCGGCGUCGCGGCGGUUUGCUUACUGGCGACAGCUGCUCCCGCCGAGGAAACAAGGCCGGCCGAGGCGAGUGGCCCAGAGCUGACCGCAGCGGCACCGCCACAGACCGCGGGCAAGACACAGGAAAGCGACGAGUCGAAAGAAAGCGACGAGGACAAGAAGACGAGGAGAGCAGCUGACGACGAUGGUGACGAUGACGAUGACAGGAGAAAGAGGAGAGCAGCGGGCGACGAUGAUGAUGAUGAUGACGAUGACAGGAGAAAGAGGGAGGCGGCUCCCGUGAAACCCGGCGACGAUGAUGACAACGACAGGAGGAAGAGGAGUUGGUCGGCAGAGAGCGCCGAGGACCUCUCCGACUCCAGGGACCUCGACGACAGUGACGAGGAUGGUGCCAGGAAGAGGCGUGGAGCAGGAAAGCCCGAAAAGAAACACAAGCGGGCAGCGGCCUCUGACGAUUCGGAUUCAGGCUCCGAUUCUGACGACAGCGACUAGGACGCCGCCAUGACGGACCACGCUAUCACCACCACCACCACCACCUCAUCAUCCCAUGCCACGCCUACUGAAUCUCAUCAUAUGACGUCCCAGCAAACAACUGGUCACAAGGACUGAGAAGAAACAAUUCAUUAGAACUUGUUUACUAUUUUAUUGUACAGUAUUAUUGUUUAGUGUACAGCAUCAA